GCUCCGCAGAGCAAAAUGCGGUGGAGAAAAAUUAGAGGGAUUUAGAAGUGGAACAUGGAUUCUCCUGAGGGCAAUCCGGUCGCCGCCUCGUCAUCUCCGAUUUCAUCAGAUUCUCCUCCAGUGCAAGAGUCACCUUUCUUCAAUUACCUUUGCAAUCUUUCCCCAAUAAAGUCGGUUAAGGCUGAACGUUAUACACAAAGAUUUACGGAAACCAAUUUGCCAACCCCACCACUCGUGUUUACAUCACCUCGUAUAGAUCUGCAGCGUGAUACCAGUUUUCUGGAAAGAGACAAUGUAGCUGCAACAGAUUCGAUUGUUCAUGAAAAUUUUAAUACCCAGUUGAAUGUUGUGCACAUUCCUAGCUUUGAGAAGGAAGGCCAGUCAUGCAGUCCCGCAGGGUGUAUCGACGAAUAUCUGGUAGAUCCUAUGGAGGUCGACUCUACAAAUUCAACCCAUUUAGGCUUGCAAUCAGCCGAAGAAGUGCCUGAGUUGUUGCAGAGUGGUUAUGCUGGUCUGAAAGGAACCAUAAAAAAGGUUGAUGAUGCUGUUGAUAGUAAUAGAGAGGAAGGAGCUCUUACAUUAUGUGAUCCAGCUGAAAAGAAUCUGAAUCUAAGUCCUCUUAAAUUGGUUGAAAGUGCAGUUGAUCUGAGGAAUGAUGAAAGGUUUGAUGACUUCCUAAAAGGACUUACCUCAGAAAAAGCCAAGGACAUUGUUGAUGCUGAUAUGAAGCUCAAUCCUGUUUCGGGAGUGCAACAUUGUGAAAGACAUGCAGCUCAGAUUGAAGGUGUACAACAGGAUGAAGGGGAUGGCACGUGUCAAUCACUUGAUGAACCUUUGCAGAUUAAUGAAGCCUGUGAAGAUUUUGACGAUGGUUCAAGAACAUUACCGAAAGAAUUUGUUAAGGGCGCCAAUAAUUGUCGUGGUACACGUAGACAUCUUCAUUUUGAAGCCACAUUAGCCUGCAAGAGUAUAGCUACUGGAAAUACUGCCAAUCCAAAGGCUAGCAUAACAAACUUGAAGAGUCUGGCGCCAAUCUCUAGCAGUUGGGAUGCAGCUGGCUAUCCUCUGUCCAUAACUUCCCAGGCAUCUUGCUGCCCCCUUAAAGUGGCUAGAUCCACUCAAAAUAUUGGAAACUCUGAAAUACUGUCUCCCCUUCCAACUGGUAUUGGUUUGCAUGUUAAUAGCAUUGGCAGAUCUAUGCUUUCAGGCUCGGAUGUGUUUACAAGUAAGAACUUAAACCUUAGUUCACAAGAUAAGCUAGUGCCUGAGUGGAGCAAUGAUUUAGUAAAGGACCCAAAUAAUAUCUCAAAUUCGGCCAUAGCUGGGACAAUGUUUUCACAUGCUGAUUUAGAUCAGCAGGAAAGUCAAGCUGGAGUGGCAGCCAGUUCUACCUCCUACCCUAUUAACAGUCUGAAUCCCCCAUGUGAUUCUCCUUUAACACAAAUUGAGCUGCAGGUGGCUCCAUGUGAGGGGAGAAUUUCCGCUCAACAAAAUGCUGACAGUAUUGACGAAUUAAACCAAAUGAGCCCUAAAAGGAAAAGGAAGAGCACUGCAAACAAAAGUGAGAGUGGCGACUGCAAACGUUGUAAUUGUAAGAGGUCCAAAUGUUUGAAACUUUAUUGUGAGUGCUUUGCAGCUGGAAUUUAUUGUGUGGGUUCUUGUGCAUGCGAAACCUGCUUUAACAAACCUGAAUAUGAGGACUUGGUUCUUGAUACACGGGAGCAAAUUGAGUCUCGUAAUCCUCUUGCAUUUGCUCCAAAGAUUGUUAAGCAAACCACUGAGUCUCCAGCAAAUGUUAUGGAAGAAGGGAACUGGACUACUCCAUCUUCAGCCCGGCACAAAAGAGGAUGCAAUUGCAAGAAGUCAAAAUGUCUUAAAAAAUAUUGUGAAUGCUAUCAGGCUAAAGUGGGAUGUUCUGAUGGAUGCCGAUGUGAUGGUUGUCAAAACUCUUUUGGAAUAAAGUCAGACUACAGGAGAGCUGAGAGAUGUGAUAAUCUGUCUCAUGAGAAGCUGCAAAUUGCGGAAAGUGAAAAGAAUGGGAGUAGCAAGCAAUUCUCGCCAACAUCAUGGGAAGGACUUGCUGAUAUGCGUAAUCUUGAUCCUUGCUCAGAAAUUUCACAAGCCCAAUUGCAAUUGGCAAGUAACAUUCAGUCAUCAGCUGCUUCCCUACAUUGGCGCUACUCCCCUGUUACUCUUACGCCAAAGUUAUGUGGGGGCAAUGGCCCCCAUGAGCUCACUUCUGACUCUGCAUUCUGUAACAUGGAGGACAAUGAUAUGCUUGAGAUACUCAAGGACACUACUAACACUCACAGGGCAGAGGGACAAAGGUCAAGCUCUCCACGGGGCUUGAGGUGUGGCCGCAAAUUCAUUUUGCAGGCUGUGCCUUCUUUCCCUCCUCUUACCCCAUACAAGACGGUGUCAAGCAAGCUAAAAAAUGAUCAAACAGACAGUGCUGCUAAUCGCUGAUUUGAAUGAAUCCAUGGAGUUGGUAUUUUGCAGGCAUCGGGAAGUACCUGCUUUCUACUUCAUAAGCAGAGCUGAAGACGGGCUUUUAAUUGCUAAGAAAUCUAGGAAACUUCAUUCCAAUGGCGGUGCUUAUUCUUAGCCUUUUUAGUCUACUCUUUCUAAGGUCGUCUAUGGUAUAGAGGCACGUGUAAUUACCAUCUUUGUUAGAUUUAGGCGCAGGUAUUUCUGUGAGUAUAGUUUUUGUCUGUAGAGUUUUGGUUUAUUGGUAAAAGGUUGUUAAAUUGUUUGGAAAUCAAAUUUUGAUCAUGCUUUAGAGCUCUAAAGCAUUGUUA